AUGUCUCCAGUACUAUUCGCGUUUCGUCCCAAACUUCGCCGCGACAGCUCAACCACUUUUGCUGCUCAGUCCAUUGCAGAAUGGAAAUGGACUGCCGAGUGUGAAAGAAUUCUGCUUGAAAUCAUUCAGAUGACAACAGACCAAACAUUACUCGCCUCAUUCUUUUCGAUGAAGCAUCCAACUAUGAUUCCGGAUGCAUCCGAUGUUGGCAUUGGUGCCGUUUUCGAACAGGACGGACGUCCGAUUGUCUGCAUCUCCCGUCUAUUGAACACGGCAGAAAGAGGAUAUCCACAGACGCAGAAAGAAACAUUGGCCGUAUAUUCAUUCCCCAGACCAUUCUGGUUGCGAGUUUCUGGACGUGCUUCACUCUGCGGUCUGUUGUACUGUUCUUGGACGGUAGAGCUUCCGGUAUUCCAAGAGGGUUUGUGA